AUGGCGGCAGUGCGGCGAGUGGAAGGGGAGGAAGGCAAGGAGGCGAUAAGUCUGAUCAAGGACGGUAAGCUUGACCGUCCGGUCGUGCUGGUCGGUUUCAUCGAGGGCUGGCCUGCGAGGAAAUGGACGCCUUUCUCCCUGGCUCAGGGACCCCUGGCUGAGGUCACGACGUCCUUCCGCUUCGGGGCAAGAGGAUCCCAGGAAGUGACCAGAGAGAAUGAUUGCUUCUUCAAGUCCCUAUCUUUCCGAGACUUCUUCCUCUGGAGUCAGGAAGGGAACGGUGUUAGCAAGGACAACGCCGCCCUCGACAAAAUCACGAGGAGUCUGGGCGGGAGGAGCAAGGGAGCGUACUGGGGCUACGCGGACUACAAACGGUUUCACGAGCUCUUCCGCGGCUUUCCCCAGAAUGGUGAAAGUUUCGUGGACUGGAGUAGCGUUGGCGUGGAUACUACUGGCUACGUGCACAGCAACUUCUGGUAUGGCAGCGCCGGGUCGGAGGCUCAGUGUCACUACGACACGUACGGUUACAACCUCGUCGCCCAGCUGUACGGAGAAAAGCGUUGGCUGCUGUUUCCUCCUGGGGACAGGAAGGGGCUGAUGCGCCCGACGAGGAUCCCGUAUGAGGAGAGCUCGGUGUUCAGUGACCUCAAGUUCAAGAGCGCCGGGGAGGUCCCAGGCGGCAUGGAGGUUGUGCUAAAACCAGGAGAGGUCCUCUACGUUCCGCACUAUUGGUGGCACCAAGUUGAGGCUCUGUCAGACAGCAUCUCAGUCAACUCAUGGGUGGAUCUUCCCGUUCCAGACUCGUUCGAGAGAGUGAAGGAAGGAAUCGUGCGGCUGGUCGCCUGUAACUUGCAUACGAAGAGACUGAGGACAACAGACGAGAUGGCAAUGCGCACAAGCAAGAAGAACCACGGGGAGGAGGAGGAGGAGGAGGACAACGAUUGGAUCAACCCGACGGAGGAAGUCAGGGGGCUUGCGUGGGACAUGGAAGCUCUUUCGGUGGCAAUGAGCGAUUGCCAUACAGUCAGAAGAGAAAAAAGUGGCAGAGGGGCUCCCAGGUUGCUGGAACUGAUCAAGUUGCAUCAAGUUGUCAAAGCUCUUACUCACCCUCGAGUCGUAGAGGCUGCUGCCCGCCAGCUGAUUCUUGACCACUUCGGACCUGAUAUCGAUCUCCCUGAGGUGGAGAGCAGCUGGGGAGAAGAAGCAGAGCUGGGAGGGAAAGCAGCGAGAUAUGAGGGAGGGAAGGAGGAUGGAGCAUCUGCUGCUUGCGAAGCUGCUGAGAGCUCGCCGUCUGCCAAGAGACCGAGGGCGUAA